AUGUGGGGAUCUGACGGCAAGUCUUUUUACUGGACUGACAGACCCACUGAUUUGACGCCUCAUCAAACUGAGGCUCAGGUCCAAAGAAAUGGUGGUGGUGUUGUUUUCUGCGGCAUGAUAACAGCGGAGGAAUUCAAUUAUAGCUCUGCCUUUACCGAAGGAACUGUUAACUCAGAAGUUUAUGCUGAUAUUCUGGAGUCAUUUUUGCUAGACACUAUGGAGUAUUAUGGGUUGACAAGAAAAGUUUAG